AUGUCAAGACCGGAGCUCCAGGCACCUCCAGAGAUCUAUUACGGCGAUGCUGAAGCCAAAAAAUACACGCAAAACACACGGAAUCAGCAAAUCCAAAGAGACAUGACCUACAGAGCCCUCGAGCUUUUGGCCUUGCCAUCAGACCAACCAGCCUUUCUAUUGGACAUUGGAUGCGGUUCCGGACUAUCAGGAGAGAUCUUAGAUGAGGAAGGUUAUGUUUGGGCUGGUGUGGACAUCGCGCCGAGUAUGCUCGAGGUUGCUCUUGAGCGAGAAGUAGAGGGAGAUCUCUUUCUGCAAGACAUCGGACAAGGGUUCGGUUUCCGACCUGGAAGCUUUGAUGGAGCAAUUAGCAUUUCAGUUCUUCAAUGGCUGCUGAAUGCCGAAACAUCACAUCCUACCUCGUCACCCCCGCACCGCCUAAAUCGAUUUUUUACAACCCUUCAUUCCGCCUUGCGGAAUCCAUCACGAGUCGUACUACAAUUCUACCCUUCGUCAGAUGACCAAAUUCAACUCAUUACUUCGGUAGCCCAAAAGGCUGGUUUCGGUGGGGGUAUAGUUGUCGAUUAUCCAAAUUCGAAAAAGGCUCGGAAGGUUUUCCUGUGUCUGCUUGUCGGUGGUGGCGUCGGGCAACAACAGGUUCCACAGGGUCUCCAGGGUGAGGAAGAAGAGGACAGCAAAGCUAGAUGUGAACGGCGACGCGAGCGAGAGAAACUGCGAACGAAGAGCGGAAAACGGAAGAGCGUAAAGGACAAGGAUUGGAUCUUGAAAAAGAAAGAGCUGUACCGCAAGCGCGGUAAAGAAGGAGUUCCUAACGAUUCCAAAUAUACUGGGAGGAAAAGAAGAGCGGUGUUUUAG